AUGUGCUACUUUGAACAAACACGAUGGAUCUGUGGCUACUGGCGCUGGGGGCACUUUCGUCAACAAUGCAAUAAGGAGUACCGGACGGGCGAGACGUGCGGGUUGAAACUCGUCUACAACACAAACAAUGAGCCAGACAAAUGCAAGAUCUGCAAGGAUAUCGACAAAAAGCAACGCAAAUACAUGAAGCUGCAAAGCGAUAUAUACCGGUGGCAACGCGAGGGCAACCGAAAUGCGACGAUCGAGAAGGCCGAGCGAGACAAGAGCGAGGUCGAGGACGCCAUCAGCAGCAUGCAGAUGCAGCACCACAACAGGCAAUACUCGAUGAGUUAG